CCUUCGACCCUCAACAUCACCGUCCUAACCGCCCACAACAACCAGUCGACCCUUGAAUGCUGGUCCCUGGAUCCCGGCUUCACGGUCUCCGCCCAGGCUGGGACCUCUGGCUCGGCUUCUCUCUCGCUGGGGGCCUUGGGAGGCUCCACGAACGCGACAUACGUCGUGAUCCCUGGCAGAUAUGACGGGGGGCAACAUAAUGCCCCGACAGUACAAUGGGUUGUUUUCCUCUCUGGCUUGGCACAUAUCACCCUCCCCCAUUCAAUCGAUGAUGCCUGGAUCCUUGGCGGCGAGGACGGGGUUAUUCUUGCGCUGGACACGGCGGCCGUGAGUGACGGGCAUAUCACGACGUAUCCUAGUAACGAGGUGACGGUUGCAUUGGAGUUGCCGAUUGCUGGCUCGGUGGUGCCUGAGCAUCGGGUAUUGUAUAGUGGUGCUUGUAAUGCUACAGAGAGUCUAUAG